AUGAGUAUAAUAAAAGAAAUUGAGGAUAAUGAAGCUUGGUUUGACGCUGAAGACAUCUUGGAUGAACCUUUUCAUGAGCCUGCUUCAAAUGACCUGCAUGAUGAGAAACAAAGUCAUCGGAAUACUACUGAAGAAAGUUACAAUCAAACGCUAUGUAAAUGUACUUCAAUUACGAGAGGUGAAGCAUUACUAAUGACAUUACUGUUGGGAGCUCAGCAAUCAUUAACGUGGACAACUAUAACAUCAAUAUUGUCUCUAAUUAACACUUUGUUCGGUGAAAAUGUAGUUCCAGAAACAAAAUAUCAACUUUUUAAAACAUUACAACUUAAAGAUGAAAUGAUUUCCUAUCAUAUGUUUUGUACUAAUUGUUUGUUUUAUAUUUGUACUGAAAAGAAUUCAAACUCUGGAGACCUGAAGUGUGCGGCUUGUGGGAUUGAGAAUAAUAAAUCAAAUAUUUCAUUUUUUUUAACGUUGGACAUGGAAACACAACUCAAAACAAUUUUACAAGAUAGUGAAAUACAAAAUGCUUUAAACGACCGUUUUGAAGGAAGGAUGAAAAAAAUGGACGGUAAUGUAAUAAAAAACAUAACUGAUGGAGAAAUUUACAAGAAAUUGUCAGCUGCGAAUAAACCAUUAUCUAAUAAAUUUAAUUUAACAUAUACUUUCAAUACAGAUGGAUGCCAGGCGUCAAAAUCAAAUGAAGCAUAUGGUUAUGUGUGGUUUAUGGAUAAAUGA